AGAAAGAAAAAGAAAGAGAUUUUGAAAGCGAGAGUGAAAGUACCAUCACUUUUAUGGAUGAGAUUCCACCACAAAAUCCUGCAGAUCCACCAAUUGUUAACGGAAAUAUGGCAGGUCAACAACAAAACAAUGAGUUCAAUCAUAUCUUGAUGGCAGAUAAUAGAGACGUAGCCAUGCGAGAAUAUGCUGCCACAGCAUUCCAGAAUUUGGAUUCUGUCAUCCUAAAUCCCAUUCCAGAAGCCGCCAACAUUGAACUGAAGCCGCUUAUGUUUCAAAUGCUUCAGACAUUAGGACAGUUCGGGGGGCGUGAACACGAAGAUCCUCAUGAUCAUCUCAAAACUUUUCUUCAAAUAGCUGGUGCAUUUAGAUUUCCAAAUAUAACUGAUGAUGCAUUAAGACAUCAGGGAAGAGAUUGUCACCUUUAGACAAUAUGAUCGUGAACCAGUACACGAGGCAUGGGAAAGAUUCAAAGAAUUGCUGCGAAAGUGUCCGAACCAUGGAUUACCAGCAUGUAUCCAAAUCGAGCACUUCUUCCGAGGUUGGACCACCCCACUAAGAUGAUGCUCAACAACGCCGCAAAUGGAGCUUUCACGAAGAAGACCUUCAACGAAAUAGUUGAUAUUUUGGAGGACCUAGCAUCCCACAAUGAGCUAUGGUGUUCUCAAAGGUCAAAACCUGCCCCUAAGAAGCAAGAUCAAGCGGGUGUAUUGGCGUUGGACAUAGCAACUUCAAU